GUACCUAUCGUAAUUUCGUAAUUAUGGCAAUGUCUUAUAAAAACUUAAUAUCAAAUGGCAAGACUAUAAUCAUAUGACAGUCAGCUACCUAUUUUCGUGCAAAAUGGCUGUGAAAUUGGUAUUUUUCUGGUUUUCCCUUGUUUUAACAAUUAUUGGUACAAAUGCUGCUGGGGAAUUUAGUGUCCUUCACAGCCCUAAAUCCAUAAAAUUCUCAGGAUCUAGUAAGACAUUGGAAAGCCUUUUGAAGGAGAUCUUCUCAGCUUCCCUUGGUUUGUCUGUGGAAGAGAGUUCAGAGUGGAACGGAUUAUCUAUUGUCGAUCCUUUUAAUACUCCUGAAGCAGUUGUAGAAGUUUAUAUUGAUGGAGUCUCUUCUCUUGGAAAAACUGUGGGCCUUAAGACUCAGGACUUCCCCUUGACUGUUGAUGAGUAUGAACCAGACACAUACAAAGCAGUUAAGCAUAGGAUUGAGCAGCGUUUCACUAAUGGUGGCAAUAAACUUGUACAAAUCAACCUAUCAGAAAAAAAUGAGCUCCAUUCAUAUCCUGAUGUAUUUGGAGAGAUUAUUCCACCAAAAGUGACAAAACAGUCAUUGCAACACUUGAAGUACUCUGUUGAAGAAGAUUAUCAGUUUUUAUCUGAACUAGAAGCAUUGAAAGCUCUUACUAGCAAGGUCAAAAGUAUUACAGCAGACAACAUUAUCGACUUCUAUAACUUUAGAUUCCGAUCACUUCAUGCUUUAUCUGAUUUCCAUGGUCCUAAUGCUCUUCAAACUAAGGAAGCUAAGAAACUUUUGGGUGAGGCAUUGCAAGAACUAAGUGAUGCUUUUGUAAAAGCCUAUGAUGGCUCAGUGCUGGUGACUGCAGUGACCACUGAUGUUGCUCACACUCGACGUGCAGUGCGAUCUGUACCAGAGGAGAGUCUCAAACAACAGGCCACACCAUACACAGAUGAUGGAUACAGUGCGGAUUAUGCUGCCAUUUUCAACAUUAUCCUAUGGUUCGGAGUGGUGUUUUCAUUCACUCUAGUAGCAAUAGUAUAUGCUCUCAUGGAUAUGGAUCCUGGCAGGGACUCGAUCAUCUAUCGCAUGACCAAUACUAGGAUGAAGAAGGACAAUUAAAUAGUUUAUCCAUUGUAAACUGUUUAGAAUAUUAUUUUGUUGUCCUACUAGUAGGACAUUUUAGUUGGAUACACCAGAUUUCUAAACAGCCAGUCUUAGUGUCAGACUGAUAUGAUUUCACACAUCCAUCAUGGAUCUAGACCAUAUUUAUAAAUUAAUUGGUCUAUACUAAAAUAAGAGUCAAUGCUAUGCUAUUAAUAAAGCAGACUUUAAAUGUCCUAAUAAUGCGAUUUAUUAAGUAGUGUAUAAUUUUAGGAUGUAUUAAUUUGUUGAUAAUGUGAGUACUAUUUAUUUAUUCUAUUGAAUUGUAAAUAAGAUUUAUGCUACCUUCUCAACAUAAAUGUAUUCAGAUUAGAAAUGAAUAUAAUGUAAAAUAAAUAAACUCUUUAGGACUUAAUAUAUUGCAAUAUUUAUUGUAAAUGUAAGUCUUGCUAAUUAUUAUGCAAAAAAUAAUAUUCACUUCAAUAAUCUUUUUUCAGUCUUAAUGAGUAUCAAACGUAUUAUAUGAAUGUUACAAAAAUUGUGUUUUUUAAUCUUGUCAUGAAAUAAAAACAUUCCCUCUGCUAUCA